UUGGUUCUUUUUUUUUUCAGAGAUAUCAAAACAGCACGCGGUAAAUUCAAGCGAGCUGUGCUUCAGUUUACGCCAGAAAGUUGGAUCAAAGUUGACUGGUACAAUAACUGUGCUCUGAGGCGCACUUUAUCUAUUUAUGGAUUCGUUAUGGUCUGGCUGAUGGCUAUUUUGCCAGGAGUAUUCAGUGAGCAAAUGAUCAAGUUGAUUUUUGUUCUUUUUUUUUCCAGAGAUAUCAAAACAGCACGCGGUAAAUUCAAGCGAGCUGUGCUUCAAUUUACGCCAGAAAGUUGGAUCAAAGUUGACUGGUACAACAACUGUGCUCUGAGGCGCACUUUAUCUAUUUAUGGAUUCGUUAUGGUCUGGCUGAGUUGGGUAUACCUCGCAAUAUGUUCCCUUGAAGCAUCCAUAUGUAUCAAAUUUGGUCGGCCACAGUUCCCACAACUAAAACUAACAAUGAUCGUUUUCUGGAUAUGCUUCAUGAAAACCGAAAAAGUGAACUUCAACGGGUGUUUGCGUGAGUGCUAUUUGGAUUCAAGCCACGAAAAUCUUGGCGCCUUGGCCGAUGAAGUGCAGGCACACCGCAAGAGAUUGAAUAUAUCAGAAUCAGACUUUGAUUGAUG